AUGUCGGGGACUCUCGACAGCCCAGACACGCUUGAUAUAGAGAAACCGGUCAAAAAGCGCUUUUCAGACUCUCUUCACGUGGAUUGGCUCUCGAGGAAUAGCUACGUGAACGGGACCCCGGAAGCACAAGUCGAAGAGUUCAAGAAGACCGGGGAUAUGGGCAAACAAGCACCAAAGGCAAAGGACCCAGUGCCUGAGGGUAAUAGCAACAGCAGAAGGCGGUCGGAUGCAGACGACACUUUAGAAUCGAGGGUACUAGGCCCCAAUCGAAUCCUUCGCGAGCGCAGACGCUCUGUUUCUAGUCAGAACGAGUUUGGAGUAGCCCCCAGCUAUUCAGCAUUGAACCCAUACGAUACAGGGACUACAAUUCGCCGAACUAAAUCGCUUUCGAUGAACAGCAAUGGCCAUAUCGAGGAGCCUAAACGCGAAAAGGGCGGCUUCUUUCGAUCCUUGUUUGGUAGACGAAAGAAGGAUGACUCAAAGUCUACGAAUACCAACACUAAGCCAGCUCUCAGAAGAAGCAGCUUCUCUGCGCCAAUAAAGGAAGUUGAGCCCCCAAAUCCUCCAAGGUCGGCGCCUGCAAACAUCGGUGAGGACUCGGUAAGCGUAACCAGGGAUGGCGCGAAUAUGCCUCCUGUGAGGAGAUCGAAGACCGCACCCAUUAGUACAGAAAACGUUGAAGUCAGGCUGGACGAAUUCUUGCAACAUUGCAGAGAACAUCCAUUAGACUCGGACACCAAGAAGAGCUCAUCAAGUCGGGCCACCAGGACUUCUAAGCCAGAAAUUCCAAGACACAAAGCGACAUUUUCCAUCGAUGACAACCUUAGUCCAACGGAGCCCUCCAGUGAAACUCAAACGCAUUUCGACGCAAAGGGCAGGCCUAUUCCUCCGCACCCCAGCAAGUCAGACCUCUUGCCUGCCCUGAAGCGAAGUGAACGCACUCAGCAUCAUAAAGGAAAACUUAAGCGAACCAACACAAAUACUUCGUCCACCACAAACAAGUUCGGCGCCUUCCUUAAAAGAGUCACUUCACAUACUGAAGAACAUUCACAUUCUUCAAAACAGUCCCUCACGGAUUCUGAAUCAGACUCCAGCGACGAAGAUUUGCCUCAGAUUUCAGAAGAUCAGCGCCCGGCCUUUAUACCAGGUCUAGAAGACAUAAAGCCUCUCAAAAAAGUCUCAUUUGCCACUAACACCUACUUCAACGACCCUCCUCAGCAAAUAUGCAGCAAGAACCCACGUAAAGGUGAGGUUGAGGUGAAAUCCGAUGGUUCAGUAAUUAUUCAUAGGCUCACUCCAGAGGAAAAGCGAGAGAUUCUGCAGAAAACAAGUUCGGGCAUUGUGGUAGGGGGCUCUGGUCACCUUAAACUUCUGAGUGACCCGAGUGUCAGCGAAGAAGAAGCGAAGAGAAACGAGGAGAAGAAACCUUCAGUUCCUAAAGAAGACGGUUCGCAAGUUUUGAAUAAUGAGGAGGAUGUUGGCCGAGGUGGCCAAGGUGGAGAUUCGGUAGCGCAUGAAAAUAAUCAGGACACUGAAGAAGACGUCAAGGUUAGUAAAUCAGCUUCGGAGGUGACUAUUGAUAAGCCAAUGGUUAGUAGACGAUCAAUGAGCUCGCUGGGUUCUUCAAUAACGGUCAAUGAGGUUGAACAAGAAACACCAUUUCCACCCACAAAUAUGAAGAUCCCGCACGACAUUGUAUAUACGCGCUGUUGUCAUCUUCGCGAGAUUCUGCCUAUUCCAGCUACACUUAAACAGCUGAAAAAGGGAUCAACUGAUCCAAUUCCGCUCCUGCAAAUGAGGAAUCCGAAACCUUCUCUCAUUGAAGUUCUCUCAUUCAGUGAUUUUUUGAGCAUUUCACCCGUUCUCUGUCUAUCCCUUGAUGGUGUCAACCUUAGUAUCAAAAUGCUCAAGACAAUACUUUGUUCGCUGAUGCACAAAAAAGAAUUUGAGAAGCUGACCUUGAGAAACACACCUUUGGACCACGAAGGAUGGAGGAUAUUGUGCUAUUUUGUUUCCCAAUGUGAAAGUCUGAAUUCCUUGGAUUUGACAAUGGUGCCAGGCAUAGCCAUUAAUGUCCAAAAGCCCUCAAAGUCUUCUUUGAAAUCUCGUGAUAUCAGGAUGACUUGCGAUAUGAACGACAGGAAGAACAUGAACUGGAAUCUCCUUGCAGCGUCUCUGGUUAGUGGAAACGGUCUGGAAGAAAUAAUCGCGUCUGGCGCGAAAAUGCCUUUAAAAGAGUUCAAAAAUUUCAUUGAGUUGGGUUGUGCACACACACAAAGACUAGGCUUGGCGUAUAAUGAACUUUCGCUUGAUCAAUGUUGCGUUUUGGCAGAAUGGCUUGCUCAAUCAAAAGUCACGGGCAUUGAUAUUGGCUUCAAUGAUUUGAGGGGGAAGCUUGGCCCUUUUUCUGCUACUGUUAUCAACAAAAUGAGACAGACAAAGAACAUCUUCAAGUACAUUUCUCUCAAUUGCACUAACCUUGAAGUGUCUGAGAAUUCCUCAUCCGAAAAUAGUGACGUCUUGAAACUGAUCAGCGUUCUGGCCUACUGUGAAGACUUGAAACUACUGGACAUAUCCAACAAUCCGAAGCUGUUCCCGCAUGUCACCAAUCAUCUUACAAACUACUUGCCAGUUUUUGUUAACUUGAUUCGCCUUCAUAUGGAUAACAAUUCUAUUCCAUCAACUUCAAUUGUGGAAAUAGCCGAAGUUCUGCCUACAUGCCAGAAACUAACUCAUGUCUCGAUACGAGGAAGCAAGCUGGAUUACGCCUCGGGUUGCGCGUUAGUUGCCGCCAUGAGGAAGAGUUCUUCUCUUUUGACGCUAGACCUGGAUUGCGACAACCUACCAAACAAGAUCAGAGACAAGAUUUCACUCUACAGUAUGAAAAACAUGGAAGCAGCAUUAAACAAAGUUGACAAGUCGACUUCGCCUGAGAUGUCUGACACAUUGGCUUGUCUACAAAAGGAGCUUUCGGACCUGCUGACUGAAAAACCUGUUAAACAAGAAGAAAUUCAAGUUGCGGCUCAAAGCUUUCUUCACAGGCUUUCGAGGGCCCGAUCUUUCAUUAAUAAGGUGACCGAAGAUCUUUUCAAACUGAGAGUUGAGGGCAACUUGAGUACUGAAGGAAAAGACACUCUAAUUAGAUUUUGCUUCAUCGAUGCUACCUUCGAGAGAGGUCUGAAAUUGCUGGCUCAAAGAUAUAGUAAUUUGAGCUUCAGUUCGGGGUCUUUGUGUGCUAAUUCCAAGACCGGUACCGACGCUGGACCAGAAAUGCGCGCUAGUGGACUGCCCCUAAAGAAAGAGACAUCUUCUGCGACACUGUCAUCAAAGCACUUCUCAGACAGCGGACACGCAGCCCUUCUACCCUUCCACUAUCCGCCCAUUGAAUCCUCAGAUCCCGCAGACGAUGAAGUUGAAAUAAAGUGGGACAGCCCAGACACAGAAGAUCAGCACGCGCGUGAUCAGCUAAGGGAAGAGGGGCGCAUUUUGCGCGGGACUCGCGGGAUAAUGGGACGUGUACAAAGUGCCAGCAACCAGGGAACUUCUGAUGAUAGAGAAUGUCAUAUCACACUUGACCAAAAAGCUUUGCGGAAGGCCGCAUCGGAAUUGGACAGCGAGCAAAUCAAGGAAUUUAUUCUUUCAAACGACAUAUCCUCCGUCGCAGGCGUAUUGGAGGAUCUUAAAAGCCGGGGUAUAAGUUUGAAUGAUAUUUUUAAGAAACGCCACGACCGUAGCGAUUCUAACAAUCAAGCCUCGGUUGAUUGUGAGAAGAGUUCGAACAGCGACAACGCAGUGGUUGGGGUCCAAGCCAAUCUGGAAGAAGAAAAACAGCGGUUAGCAAACUCUGGUCCAGCCCUAGAUUCUGAGUCGAGUUCAGAGGACGAGCGUGAGGGCGAAGCCAUUGAUCGGGUAUACGACGAGGUUCUUGAUAAUAUUCAGCGCGUCAGGACUAAUACUGAAAGUUAA